UCCUGUUUGGAACUUUUACCAGUCCUGAUAGAGCCCUCAAAGCUCCACCAAAACACCGCCUUUAAAACUCCUCUUGUUGCUCGCAUCAGAUGUAAGCGGCGGAUUUCUCAGGCUCUGCCGGUGCAGUUUUCCUCCCGUUAGGGCUCAGCUCACUGCAUGUGCAGUCCAUGCGCACGUUACUUUGCACCAUAUCGGACUGAUUCGCACUUUUUAGAUGUUUUUUAAUCGUCUCGUCCGUCCAAUCCGACUUGAUUUGCAACUAUUCGGGACAGCGUUUUGAGUUUGGGGUUUUGGAGGAUGGAUAAAAGACUCGUUUUAUUUUACUUUGGCGGAAAGGUCGCGCUUCACAGGGGUGCACGAAGUUGAAUUUUCUUUGGAAUUGGGGUUAUAUAAACGCCGUCACGUGGCGGUGGCAUUCGCUUGCUGGAAAGCGGCUCCUACCUCUCGGGGAGGACGGGGGGAUCUUCCAGCCUCCCCGGCCCAGAGAGCCCGAUAUCGGCCCUGGGGAUGGGGAGGCCCAGACCCCCCCCGGGACACCCCCACCUCGCGGCCACGCGUGUGCUGAGCGGUUCGGUCCCGCGGCAAGGUGCCCCGUGCGCGCUGCCGGGCGGACUGCGGGAAGGCGGCUGUUUACCUUGUCCAAAAGAUGCAUUUAAUAAUACCGCCUCCCCUCUCCCCAUCCCCCACCCCAAAUCCUAUCAUCCCUUGCGGGCUGCGAUAAUAAAUAAAAGUCUUUAUUUCUCCCUCUCCAAAAGUUAAAGGGCCUUGUCCUCUCCCCGGGCUGCUGGAAUGGGGGAUUCGGCGAAGGAAGCUCGUAACAUGGCGGACACCGAGGAAGGCUUCGGGCUCCCGAGCACGCCGGCUGACUCGGAGGCCAAGGAGCUGCAGGCUGAGGCCAAGCAGGACCCCCAGCUGGGGACCACCAGCAAGGCCCCCACCUCUCCGCAGGCAGCCUUCACCCAGCAGGGCAUGGAGGGGAUCAAAGUGUUUUUGCACGAGCGGGAGCUGUGGCUGAAAUUUCACGAGGUGGGGACGGAGAUGAUCAUAACAAAGGCUGGAAGGCGUAUGUUUCCCAGUUACAAAGUGAAGGUCACUGGACUCAAUCCAAAAACGAAGUACAUACUGUUGAUGGAUAUUGUACCAGCGGAUGACCACAGAUACAAAUUUGCAGAUAAUAAAUGGUCCGUGACUGGGAAGGCAGAGCCGGCCAUGCCCGGCCGCCUCUACGUGCACCCCGACUCCCCCGCUACCGGAGCCCAUUGGAUGAGGCAGUUGGUUUCCUUCCAGAAGCUGAAGCUCACCAACAACCACCUCGAUCCCUUCGGACAUAUCAUCCUGAACUCCAUGCACAAGUACCAGCCCCGGCUCCACAUCGUGAAGGCAGAUGAGAACAAUGGCUUCGGCUCCAAGAACACAGCCUUCUGCACCCAUGUCUUCCCAGAGACCGCCUUCAUCGCUGUUACAUCCUACCAAAACCACAAGGUGAGAGCUUGGCCGGGCCUUCGCACCAGCAAACUGUGUCUCCUCUUCCUCACUCCCUCCUGA